AAUCACGCAUUGACAACAGGAGCAGAUCUGAGGAGGGAGACCGGUGAAGGAGCAUCACCUCAGGGUUUAAAGAAGAGACGCCUAAACACACCUUCGACAUGGCUUUCAACACACUGACCUCUCGAGCUGUUCUCCUGUAUGAUGAGUGGCUUAAGGAAGCUGAUCCACGGACUGAGAACUGGCUUCUUAUGGCCUCGCCGUUCCCUCAAACCUUCAUCAUCGCUGCCUACAUCUACUUCGUGACAUCACUGGGUCCCCGGCUAAUGGAAAACCGCAAGCCCUUUGACCUCAAGCCUCUCAUGAUCGUCUAUAACUUCAGCAUUGUGGCGUUUUCCCUCUACAUGAUUUAUGAGUUUCUGAUGUCUGGUUGGGCGAACGGCUACACAUAUGGGUGCGACCUCGUCGACUAUUCCAGUUCUCCUCAAGCUGUCCGGAUGGCAUGGACCUGCUGGCUGUACUAUUUCUCCAAGUUCAUUGAGAUGCUUGAUACUAUUUUCUUUGUCCUAAGGAAAAAGAACAGCCAGGUCACCUUCCUUCAUGUCUACCAUCACUCCAUCAUGCCCUUCACAUGGUGGUUUGGGGUCAAAUUCUCCGCAGGUGGUCUGGGAACUUUCCAUGCCCUGCUGAACUGCAUCGUCCAUGUCAUCAUGUACUCCUACUACGCUCUCUCUGCCAUGGGCCCGGCCUACCAGAAGUACCUGUGGUGGAAAAAGUACAUGACCACCAUCCAGCUGGUUCAGUUUGUGGUAAUCACGGCUCACAUCGGCCAGUUCUUCUUCAUGAAGGAGUGUCCAUACCAGUUCCCCGUCUUCCUCUACAUCAUCGGCCUCUAUGGGCUGAUCUUCCUGAUCCUGUUCGUCCACUUCUACUAUCACGCCUACACCAAGGGCAAGAGGCUUCCUAAAGUGCUCCAGAACGGAAACUACCUUCUCAAAAAAUCUGAGUGAUCUCUCUCUUUUCCCUUGGCCAGCUAAACGUAAAGCUAUAACCUGUUAAGUGGGAAUAUUCCUUUUAUUUCAUGCGUUCAAGUUCCACUCCCCUGUUUUAUGUUAAAACUAAUGUGGAAAACCGCCACCUUAUCACUGGAUUUGACACUUCCGAAUUUGCACCAUGGUGUUUUCUGUCCUCAAUUUUGUUGUCUUCAAAAUGAGAAUGGGGUGGGAAGUACAGUAUUCAUUAUGUCCUCCAAUUUACCUGUAAAUAUUGAAAUUCUCAGCUUUGGAGUAUGAUUGAACUGCUUGGCCGAAUAUGAAGAGGUUAUGAGAGCAAGGCUGAUUUGAAGUUUGUUGCUAAAAGGGAUUUUUAAGGCUGUGUUUUUAGUUGUAGUUUAAUGAGCCCGACGCCCUUUGACCCUUGAGGAACAUGACUGAUCUACCUGGAGGUGCUCGAACCUGGAAGUCUAUUGGUUGUGGCAGAUGUGACAUCAUCUGAAGUUGUUUUGUUUAUGCUGCGUGAUUAUUUAUUCUUUAUUUAAUGUUGAUUGUUUUCUUAAUGUGAUCUUUUAAAAAAAAAAUGAAAUUGAUCUGUAGGUAUUACCUGUUAUGCUUUUAUAUUCUACUGAUCUGAGGAAAUGAGAAGACCAGAACAAUAUCUGAAUUUUUCCUUGUUUUUUGUCUUUUAAAAUCAAUUUUGUGAAAGAAUAGCUGUUUAUAUAAGUGUUUUAUAUUGAAACAAAAUAAAUUAUUUGUUACUA